AUGGCGCCGCCCAACAUGUACCAGCGUCCCGUCCAGCACGUCGAUCGCAAGGAGCUCUACACCAACCUGGAGGCUCGGAUACAGUAUCUCCACACUUUCCUCGACUUUAGCUCUAGCGAUAUCGAGGCCCUCCAGACAGGCCACAAAUACAUCAAGGCUUUGAUCCCGGCCAUCGUCAACAUCGUCUACAAAAAGCUGUUGCAAUAUGACAUCACCGCUCGCGCCUUCGAGACCCGCAGCACCAGCUUCGAAGGCCCCAUGGACGCCGCACCCGACGAGAACAGCCCGCAGAUCCUGCAUCGCAAGAUGUUCCUGCGGGCCUACCUGGUCAGACUGUGCUCCGACCCCAGUAAGAUGGAGUUUUGGGAAUAUUUGGACAAGGUUGGCAUGAUGCACGUUGGCCGUGGCCGCCAGCACCCUCUGCAUGUCGAGUACAUACAUAUCGCCGCACUGCUCUCCUUCAUCCAGGACGUCCUGACCGAGGCCAUUCUGUCGCACCCGCGACUUCACAUGAACCGCAAGAUUGCGCUUGUGAAGGCGCUGGGCAAGGUCAUCUGGAUCCAGAACGAUCUGUUUGCCAAGUGGUACGUGCGUGAUGGCGACGAGUUCGCCGAGGAGAUCGAGGAGGUUGUCGUCGAGCGCGAAGGCUACCUGCACGGCAAGAAGAUCAUCGGCACAUCCGACGAGAGCGACGCCGAAUCGACAACCUCUGGCAGCACCCAGGCUGCAGCCCAGGCCGGUCCCCCGGCUGGAGUGUGUCCUUUCACCGGAAGAGGAAUGGAGGGGUUGAAGAUCAGCGAGAACGGAUCAUCGUCGAAGGUGAAUAGUGAUGAUGCGGCACAACCACAGUAG